UCCAACUCCUGUCGAGUGUCGGCAACUCGACAGUCUCUAAACUCUAAAAUCUAAGAGCCAAGACUCCAAGUACAAAGAUAUAAGAUUCAAAAAGAAAGAGUUGGGAUUUUAGGAGAUCAUUUUAAUUAAUCCUUAAUGCAGUGCAAUUAAAAAUGAUUUUAUGAUUUUCUUUAAAAUCACUUAAUAACAUCUAGUACAAAAAUAAAUAUUCUAAGUAUUUUGUUUUACAAAUAAAAAAUGGGUGAUAACUUUCAAAACAAUAAAACAAUGGCUCCGGUAAUGAUGGAUUACGAGUUUAAAAUAAAAACACAAAAUGAACGAUCGAAAGUGGAAGAUUUGUUUGACUACGAAGGGUGUAAGGUUGGACGAGGCACUUACGGCCAUGUAUAUAAAGCCAGAAGGAAAGACGGUUCUGAUACUAAAGAUUACGCGUUAAAGCAGAUAGAAGGAACAGGACUUUCAAUGUCAGCUUGUAGGGAAAUUGCGCUCCUCCGUGAAUUGAAACAUCCAAAUGUAAUUAAUCUUAUAAGAGUAUUCCUUUCCCACACUGAUCGUAAGGUUUGGUUAUUAUUUGAUUAUGCUGAGCAUGACCUGUGGCAUAUAAUAAAGUUCCACAGAGCAGCCAAAGCUAAUAAAAAAUCUGUAAUGGUUCCUAAAGGGAUGGUAAAAAGUUUGUUAUAUCAAAUAUUAGAUGGAAUACAUUAUUUACAUUCAAACUGGGUUUUACAUAGAGAUUUGAAACCAGCUAACAUACUUGUAAUGGGUGAAGGGCCAGAAAGGGGCAGAGUGAAGAUUGCUGAUAUGGGUUUUGCAAGGCUAUUUAAUGCCCCAUUGAAACCUUUGGCUGAUUUGGAUCCAGUAGUAGUCACAUUUUGGUAUAGAGCUCCGGAAUUGUUAUUAGGAGCAAGACAUUACACAAAAGCUAUUGAUAUUUGGGCAAUUGGGUGUAUAUUUGCUGAAUUAUUGACAUCUGAACCAAUAUUCCAUUGUCGUCAAGAGGAUAUAAAAACCAGCAAUCCUUAUCAUCACGAUCAGCUUGACAGAAUUUUCAAUGUAAUGGGUUUCCCUCAAGAGAAAGAUUGGGAGGAUAUAAGAAAAAUGCCCGAGCAUGCAACAUUGGUAAAGGAUUUCAAAAGAUCUAAUUAUCAAAAUUGUUCAUUAAGUAAAUACAUGGACCGACACAAAAUAAAGCCAGACAGUAAAGCAUUCAGUCUUUUGCAACGACUCCUACUUAUGGAUCCUAAUAGAAGAAUAACUUCGGAACAAGCAAUGCAGGAUCCUUACUUUUCUGAAGAUCCUUUACCAACACAGGAUGUUUUUGCUGGCUGUCCUAUACCAUACCCAAAACGAGAGUUCUUGACUGACGAUGACCAAGAAGACAAGGGCGAGUCGAAAGCACGACAAAAUCAACAACAACAACAGCCUAAUACCCAGCAGAACCAAGUUCAAGCGAACAAUCAUGACCAUGCAGCUAACAACGCUAAAAGAAUGAGGAUGUCAGGUCAAAACCAAGGAAAUACUGGAGGUGGUGGAGGACAACAGGAGUUCCAUCAACAACAACAAAUGAUGUUUGGUGGGCAACAACAAGGCGGUGGUUCGCAACAACAGGGCAAUUUUCAACAAAGAUUUUAAAUUUUUUCGGUUGAUUUUUUUCUCUCAGUGAUAGUUCAAAGUUAACUAAAAUUUUUCAUUUCAUUUAAAAUGCUGUAUGUUAAGAAAUUCAACUUUUACUUUUACGAUGGAAUUAUCCAAGAAAGACAAGGUAGCCCAAUACAAUAAGUCGGUCUUAAUCGAAGAUUUCAUAGUUCAAUUUUGGUUUAAAUCAGGAAGACAUCAUACAAACUCUACUGAGUUUUCACUCGAGCUAAUGAAAAUUUGCCACAGAGUGAAGUAGCGUGGUACAAAAAGUUCCCAAACUUUUUGAGAAGCGAGGAGGCUUUUGCCUAGCAGUGGCAAAUUGACGCCCGUUUACUUCAAAAUAUCAUUGUUAAUUUUAAUCUAAAGAUACGUACGAAAUUAUACAGGCAUUUUGAACAGUGUCAUUUUAUUUUAUAAAGAUGGAAAAAUAAAUUUGUAAGUUUCA